AUGUCUUCCAAUGAGAAAAAGCGCCUUCGAGAUCGUCGCUCACAGCAGACUCUUCGUGAAAAGAAGCUGCGACAUGCAACCCAGCUCGAAGAACAGGUGGCGCACUGCGAGCAGCAUCACAGCGACCAAGGCGUGCAACGCCUUCUCCAAGUAAUUGAAGGGCUCCGCAAGCAAAAUGAAGCUCUUCUCACGCGCCAAAGGAGCCUGAAAUUGCUCGUCAACUCCUGGGAAACAGAAAUAGAUGAACCAGCGGCCACCGAUGACUCCAGCCAUGACUUGUCAUCUCUGUAUAAGGAGAUGAGCAACCGAGAAGCCCAAUUCUCCCUCCAAACGAACUUCAACGAAUUAAUACCCCAGCACGGGAUAAGCAACAUCCUCAACCCCCCCAUGUCCGCUGCACCAACACCACCACAAUUCCAAUCCCCAUCUCUGGAACCUCUUACCGCCGAAACCACGCCUCUGUGGAACCAAAUUCCGCCACACACUGACGACUUCAGCACACGCACCAUGAUCUCCUGUCCGUGGUUCGUCUACCCAGAGCUCAUAUUCCCAUGCCCAGAUACACCCAGUUCUCCUCUGGACUUUAUAUACGGCACGAAAACAAACCCACUAGCAGACAUGAUCCACACGGCCCUGCAACGCCGUCCAGUCCGCGAUCCAGAGCGACUGGGUACUGGCUGGCUGGCUUAUCACUACUCGAGAUGGGUAAUCGCACCAAGCCCGGAGACCUAUGGUCGACUCCCUGCGUUCCUCCGGCCUGUGCAGGGCCAGAUCACAGUUCCGCAUCCGCUCGUGUUGGACUUUAUGCCGUGGCCAAGGCUGAGGCUGAAUCUAAUUCGGCGAUGGCAUCUGUAUAGCAAGCACCGGGAUGAUCUGUUCGGGUUCAUGGCUUGUUGUGUUAAGAUUCGAUGGCCUUGGAAUGAGACGAUACUUGAACGGAAUGAGCGGAACGAGUUGUGUAUCAACAAGGCGUUUUACGAGGUGUUCAUGAGUGAAAGUGGGUGGGGGCUUACGCCGGAGUUUAUUAGACGGUAUCCUGAUCUUGUGGAGGGGAUGGAUAUCAAUCAAAUCAUGAUUGAGCUUUUAUAA